AACUCGCGUCACGUGACGCCCGGCCCUUGGUGCCGCGCAUGCGCGGUGGCGCCCGGGCCGGGCCGCGAGCCUGGAGGCCGCUCCCGCGCAGCCGCGAGAGGCCGCAGCCGCUGCCGCCGAAGCGCUCAAGGGGAGCGGCCGCCGCCGCUGCUGCUGCCGCUGCUGCUGCCGUCGCCACCGCCACCGCUGUUGCGGCGAGCGAGCGAGCGAGGAGAAGGAAGACCCAGCGGGGAUGUCGCGACGCAAUGGUGGCGGCGGCAACGAUGCGCACAUGUGGAGCUUCUUGUCGUUCGGAGAUGGCACUUUCGCUGCAGAGGUUGAAAUGCAGCCGGACCUGCAAGGCCUCAAGUCUAGCACAUCAGUCAAGGUGGAAGGAGAUGACGCCGAUGACUCCUGUGUGGGUGGUAGUGAGAGCGACACGUUUUCACAUGCGGUUGACCAACUCGAAGUUGUGGGAGUUUCGGACCAUGAUGUCUUCCACAGAUGUUAAACUCGAGGACGGUGAGAUUGAGGGAAAGUACCUCUCCUUAUCGCACUUCAACUAUUUCCAGGAGACCUUCAGCGACAGCAGUUUAGAGGAUGAACAGCAGGGCCUAGAAUGUGUUGGUAAGAUUGGCGGUGGUGGUGGUGUUGAGGAUCACAUCAUUGAAACCAAUGAAGGGAAAGACUCAGCUGAGUAUCAGCAGCUGCUGGAGAGAGGCGAGGCCUGUGGCGAAGCUCGCCAAGUAAUCCCGAGCCAGGAAGGCAAAACUGGCGACAUUCGGCCGUACCGCUGCACGGACUGCGAGCGCGUGUUCCCGCAGCGCUAUCAGCUCAAGUGCCACGUGCGCGAGCACACCGGAGAAAUGCCGUUCGUGUGCGAGGAGUGCGGCCGCAGCUUCCACACGCUGUCCACCUUCACCGUGCACCGGCGGCGCCACACAGGCGAAAAGCCAUACGCGUGCGAGGUGUGCGGCAAGGCCUUCGUAAGCGUGGCUUGCCUGAGGCUGCACACGCGCACGCACACGGGGGAGCGACCGUACGUGUGCGACGUCUGCGGCCGGGCGUUUGCGCUGAAGUGCGCCCUGACGGUCCACCAGAGGACACACACGGGCAAGAGGCCCUACGUCUGCGAGUUCUGCGGCAAAGCGUUCGUGGUGGCUAGUGCUCUCACGGUCCACCGGCGCAUCCACACCGGAGAGCGGCCGGUGACCUGCCAGCGCUGCGGAGCUGCCUUUGUCAGCUCGUCGGGCCUGGCCAAGCACAUGACGAGUCACACGGGCGAGAAGAAGUUUGUGUGCAAGGAGUGCGGGAAGGCGUUUGCCCGCUCCUCUUAUCUCACCCAGCACGUACGCAUGCACACGGGGGAGAAGCCCUGCGUGUGCUCGCGCUGCGGGAAGGCGUUCAAACAGUAUGCGGGACUCAACUACCACAAGAAGAAGUGCCUCAUCGGUUGUGUUUCUUAAACGGUGACCGCAAGCAAAUAAAGCCGUGCAACUUAUGAUGGGAACCGGCUAAUGGCAGACAAAAAAUAACACGCCUUGCUCCGUUGCAGUUCUGCGUUUUGUUUGUUCCGUCUGUCGUGAAGUUAUUGGGAGCAGGGGACAUUUGCGGUUUCAAUUCCGACACUUUUGUAAUGUCAUUUUGACUGAUUUAAAUGUCUGUAGAUUCCCCAUAAAUAGGGACUAUCUUUAUGUGACUUGGGGUUUACUGCUUAGGACCAUUGCAUCAUGAAGCUGAGUUUCUGUCACUAUUAAAUUCACAAUUAUCUCACGUCACUACGAGUGUUAGUGGCAUUACUUAGAUAUUUAUACAUUUUUGUGGAAUGGCUUCAGCCAUCUAAGUUAAAAGAUGGGAUAUCUCUUUGUUACAAGAGUUCCAAUUGUGUUCUGUUCAUGACUGCACCCAAUGUUUGACUGAAAAUAACGCAGGAUUCAGAUGUUUGGUAUUGAAACGUAUUAUAAACCUCAGAUUCUAUAAACGCGAUUAAUAAGUUAUGCAUGUUAUAAUUCAAUCAUUGAGUGAAUUGGCAAUGGUGGCUCCCAACAAGAGUGAAGUUGCUGCUAAUGCUUUUGUGUUUAUUGAUAUUCAAUAUGUGAUCAUUAAUGAAGUGAUACAAUUUGCAGUGGACUUUACAUGAAAUGCUUUGAACCACAAGUGUAAAAACAUUCAUGUACAUUGGCUAAGAAUUUUAUAUAUAUUUAAAUUGACGCUUCAGUAUUUUUGUAAUAAAUCAUAAAAAAAUGCUUCUUUUGGGAA